CUUUCUCCAUUCCAAAAUUCCACAACCUUGUAAGGAAUUAAAUAUUCUAUUUGUUACUUUAAUCAUCCAUUAGUUUAUCAGUAAUUCCAAAAUCCCCUUGCAUCAAGUGUUCCCAAAUCGCAGAACCCAUGCAUGUGAAACAGUUUUUGGAAAUUGAGGGUUAAAAGGGAAUAUGGGAUCUAGUGGAGGCAAGCUUCUUGGAGAGGUGGGUUAUGAUUGCCAUGGUUGUCAGAGACAAAGUAGUGGAUGGAGGAGGAAGGGGAAGAUCUGGGGAGGAUUAGAGAAGAGAAUACAUCAUGGGGGAGGUGAACUAACUGGUGAGAAAGGGCGUGGGGUGAGACUCCGUUAAACUGUAUCAUUAAUGUGUGUUGAAAUGUUUUUAAUGAAUUUAAUGAAACGAU